AUGAAGGGGAAGAGAAUUUCUCUUCCAAGAACAGAUUUGGUUUUGGAUGCUGACUGUUGUAGUACAUCAGCUGUGGCAGACAAGGGCCAUUUUGUUGUGUACAACACUGAUAGGAGACGCUUUGUGAUUCCUUUGGUGUAUCUCAGUAAUGAGAUCUUCAGAGAGCUUUCACAAAUGUCUGAGGAGGAGUUUGGGGUAGAAAGUGAAGGCCCCAUCAUAUUGCCAUGUGAUUCAAUCUUCAUGGACUAUGCAAUCUCAAUCAUCCAACACGGUGUAGCAAAAGAUUUGGAGAGAGCUCUGAUCAUGUCUCUAACUUCACAUAACUGCUCAUCCUCGGCAUACUUCCAUCAAGGAGAGAGCAAUGAGCAGUUACUACUAUGUGCCUUUUAA